GGGAUAUGUCAGUGUAACCCUCCGCCUGCGGUAGAUGUGCUGAGGCUGGAGUAGCCACCAUUUUGCAUGUCUGGUGUGUUCCUCCCUCCAUUGCUAAUAGAGACGAUUCCAGUUAUUUUCUGGCAUCAUUACGGCUGAGAAUGCCAGCUCCGAUCAGACUGCGGGAGCUGAUCCGGACGAUCCGGACGGCACGGACCCAGGCAGAGGAGCGUGAGAUGAUCCAGAAAGAGUGUGCUGCUAUACGCUCGUCCUUCAGAGAGGAAGACAACACAUACCGUUGCAGAAAUGUGGCAAAGUUACUUUAUAUGCACAUGUUGGGCUACCCGGCACACUUUGGGCAGCUGGAGUGCCUGAAGCUGAUUGCGUCCCAGAAGUUCACCGAUAAACGAAUAGGUUAUUUGGGAGCUAUGCUGCUGUUGGACGAGAGACAGGACGUCCACCUACUAAUGACAAAUUGCAUUAAGAAUGACUUGAAUCACAGCACACAAUACGUCCAGGGCCUGGCCUUGUGCACAUUGGGUUGCAUGGGCUCCUCAGAAAUGUGUCGUGAUCUCGCUGGUGAGGUAGAGAAGCUGCUCAAAACAUCCAACUCCUACUUGAGGAAAAAAGCAGCGUUGUGUGCAGUCCAUGUCAUCAGGAAGGUUCCAGAACUUAUGGAAAUGUUCCUUCCAGCCACAAAAAACCUGCUGAGUGAGAAGAACCACGGUGUUCUCCAUACAUCCGUUGUCCUCCUCACUGAGAUGUGUGAAAGAAGCCCCGACAUGCUGGCCCACUUCAGAAAGCUGGUCCCUCAGUUGGUGAGAAUCUUGAAGAACCUAAUCAUGUCUGGAUACUCUCCUGAACAUGAUGUGUCCGGCAUAAGCGACCCUUUCCUACAGGUGCGGAUAUUGAGACUACUGCGCAUUCUAGGCAAGAGCGAUGAUGACUCCAGUGAAGCAAUGAAUGACAUUCUUGCACAGGUUGCAACAAAUACAGAGACGAGUAAAAAUGUAGGCAAUGCAAUUCUCUACGAGACUGUACUGACCAUAAUGGACAUAAAGUCUGAAAGUGGACUGAGGGUCUUGGCCAUUAACAUACUCGGUCGCUUCCUUUUAAACAAUGACAAAAAUAUCAGAUACGUGGCAUUGACAUCCCUACUAAAGACUGUACAGACGGACCACAAUGCAGUGCAGCGGCAUCGGAGCACCAUUGUGGAUUGUUUAAAAGACCUGGAUGUGUCCAUCAAGAGACGUGCGAUGGAACUGAGCUUUGCCCUGGUGAACGGCAACAACAUUAGAGGCAUGAUGAAAGAGCUGCUCUACUUCCUGGACUCCUGUGACCCAGAAUUCAAAGCUGACUGUGCAUCAGGAGUCUUUCUAGCUGCAGAGAAGUAUGCCCCUUCGAAAAGAUGGCACAUAGACACCAUUAUGAGAGUCCUGACGACGGCAGGGAGCUAUGUGCGAGACGAUUCUGUUCCCAACCUCAUCCAGCUCAUCACAAACAGUGUGGAGAUGCACGCCUACACAGUCCAGAGGCUCUACAAAGCACUGCUGGACGACAUCUCACAGCAACCUCUAGUGCAGGUGGCGUCCUGGUGCAUAGGAGAGUACGGGGACCUGCUGGUAUCUGGACAGUGUGAAGAGGAGGAGCCCAUCCAGGUAACUGAAGAUGAAGUUCUAGACGUGCUGGAAGGCCUCCUGGUGUCCAACCUGUCUGCAGCUGUGACCCGGGGUUAUUCCCUGACUGCCAUCAUGAAGCUGUCUACCCGCUUCAGCAGUGUGAACCGAAUCAAGAAGGUGGUUUCGAUAUACGGCAGCAGCAUCGACGUGGAGCUUCAGCAGAGGGCGGUGGAGUACAAUGCGCUGUUUAAGAAAUACGACCACAUGAGGCCGGCUCUGCUAGAGCGAAUGCCCAUUAUGGAGAAAAGUGCUUCUAACGGCCCCACAGAGAUUGUACAGACCAAUGGAGAGACGGAGCCCUCUGUUGUGGAAUCAAAACACCCCCCACCUGUGAGCCAGCCGGCCAACCAGGCUAACGAUCUAUUAGACCUGCUGGGUGGUAACGAUGUGGUGCCAGUAAUCCAGACCACGGUGCCCACCAAGCCGGCCUCCGCUGGAGGAGAGCUGCUCGAUCUGCUGGGUGACCUCUCGCUAAGUGGUGUCCCGACCCCUGCUCCCUCUGUGGCCACGUCCCAACCCUCUUUCCUCCUGGAUGGCCUCUCCUCACAGCCCCUCUUUAAUGACAUUGCAGCUGCAGCUAUUCCUCCCAUGACUGCAUACAACAAGAAUGGACUGAAAAUAGACUUCACAUUUGAGAGAGCUAAUCCCAAUCCAAACGUCGCCGUCAUCACCAUCCAUGCUUCCAACUCAACAGAGGCAGAUAUGACGGACUUUGUUUUUCAGGCUGCAGUACCAAAGACAUUCCAGCUGCAGCUCCUCUCUCCGAGCAGUAACGUUGUCCCAGCACUCAACCAGGGAACCGUCACGCAGGUCAUCCGAGUCCUUAACCCACAGAAGCAACAGCUUCGAAUGAGGAUCAAGCUGACGUACACCCUCAAAGGCUCGCCUGUGCAAGACCUGGCUGAGGUUAAUAACUUCCCGCCUCAGUCCUGGCAGUGAUGGGCUGUUGCUCCUAAAAGCCCCCGACCGAGAGAACUAUGAAAACGAUUUUCCUUUCCCCGCCCUGCUUUCUUCCUCCGGAUCCCCCUUUGACGUCACUGCAGCCCGCCGCCCUCGAGUUGCAUGGGAAGCAGAGCAUCUAUCACAGGAGAAAAAUACCGAUGUUACAAAGACCCUUUUGACUAUUGACAUCACCAGAAUAAUUGGGGAAACAUAUCAAUCGCUGAACUUUUUUUUCUUCUUUUUUUUGGUUACCAUUGUUAUUGUUUUUUUUUGUGGAUAUUGGUACAAUUUUCCACAUAGUCCCUCACUCAGCACCAUGAUUACACACACCAUCCCUGUGGCACAUUGCUGCAACCCUCUUAUUUGAAUUUAUAAUUUAGCUAAAAUCCAGUUGAAACACUUGCUCCACUGAUAUUCAUGAUUGGCUUUGUAUUCAGAUUUUUUUUAUAUGAGCCUUUAGUCCAAUGAUGGCAGCAGAAAAUGCUUUGAAAGGUAUAUUUAGUACAAUUGAAAAGAUCUGGCUAAGACGUUUUUACCCACCACACAUCCUGGGUGAUACAACUUGUCAAAUAGCUGUAUUGAUUUUGAAUUACAUUAGGACCACCGUUGCCCAAGCAAGGGUGAAUUUCCUGUUCUGGUUGAAGUGCUUUUAAUGCAAGGCUUGAAUAGGACCUACUUUUGUUUUUACACAAUGAUAAACGCAUUAGAACAUCCAAGAUGCCCGUUGGAUCCCCUGAGGCUGGUUUCAGGUAACGAGCCCAAACUUCCCCACUCUCCUAAAAUCAUCUCAUGGUUGUUAGAUCUGUAUAAUAAAUGCAACUGUUAAUUGCCUACUUUAAGUUGGGGAGGUGCAUUCAUUACGACGAAAUCCAGGCCAGACAUUUUAUAGCAAGCAAAGUUGAUUGCAUUUCUGUUGGAGAUUAGUGUUUAAACUUUUCCUGCAUCUGUGUCUGACUUGCAAUUUAGAUACAUGUCAAGAUUGGUUUAACCUAGUUGAACUUAGUCCCCAUGCACAUAAAUGUAAAGGAAGCCUGUUAUGAAUGUAGUUACAUGCACUGAAUGCUUCCCCCCCCCCCAUUCAAGUCUUCUUUCUUAUGGCUGUCUCUUUAAUGGGGAUCUUCAUCUUGUUGUCACUGUUUUUGUGAAAGUUUGUUUUUAUUUCUGCAGUAAUUUGACUUAAUUAUUUAUGCCUGAUCUCAAAGUGAUGUGCCUUUCUGACCUGGCUGGAUAAAAGCCCCUGAACUAUUGAGUUCUGUAUGAGCUUCGUUUGUAAGUCUGCUUGUGUACUUAUUGUUUUCUAAAUCUGAGUGAAAUUACCCUGAUAGAUCUGAAGCUGUAAAUCACAUAAUUCAAUGACAGCCUUCUUUGCUUCUAUUUCUCACAAGUUAAUAAUCAGUUAUCCACCAAUCAUGGCAAAGCUGGAUUUCCUGACUUGAGUCAAAAGUCCUAAAACAUGGAAAUCACAAAUCCUAAUAAGGCAGAUAAUAGACCUCUCAGAGGCUUCAACAUUUUAAACCGGUACAAAUGUCACACUGAAGUGAAAUAUACCAACGCACCCUGUCAGCAGGUGAUUUCAGUGUGAGGUGCUGGGGCGGCUCCUUAUGGCUGUUUGUGAUUUCUCGGCUCCCGUCCUCUUCAAAUCCGAAUUCUUACCACGCCGUCGGACGGUGACAGUGAAACCUCAAACUCUGUCGUGGUGUUAGUUGCAGUUUAUCGACGGCUCUGUUGGAGGGGGAGCAUCUGCAUGAGAGAAACUGGCGGUUAGUUUUCAUCUCAUUACUUAACUUGAGCUCAGCAGCGCCGCGAUGCUGUGUUUAGAUCCUCGGCGUCCCAAUCAGGCUGUGUUCUUUUUUUCUUUUUUUUCACUAUACUUCACUGUCUUCUAACUUAUGUGACCAAAUCGGAGAGACUAUUAGCUUGGGACAUAUUGUUGAGCUAUGAUAUGUGUAUAUGGAGAAAAUUAUUGCAGUUACCUUUUUUUCUGUUGGCAAAUGCUGUAUUGGCUUUUUCUGUAUAUAUUGAGGGCUUUUACAAUUUUGUCUCUUGUACUAUCGUUCAUCAUUUUUUUAGAUACCAUUUUCUAAAAAGUCCAAUUAUUCACAAUGUAUAUUGUCUAAAUCGAUCUAGUGAACAUUAGUCUAUAAAGACUCCUUGUAUCAUCACUCACGCAUUGUAAAAGAUAUAUGAUCUGCUGACUGUACAUUGUAUAUAGUUGUAAAACAAACAAAAGCUGGUCAAAUUAAAUAAAACCCACGUGAAGAUGUAAAAGAUUAGCUAGGAAGUAUAAUUGUAUACAUAUGUACAAAAAAAGAACCCUAAAAGGAUGCAUUUGAGCUGCAUUGGAUUUACUAUUGAUCCUACUUCAUUCACUGGAUGUGUCAUCUUUACUUCUACAAAGAUGGUAGGCUACUGGUCGGGGUUCCUUUUGGGUGUUGAAGUGAGGGUUGAUCUAUCCUUACGGGUGUUGUCUAAAUGAUGAACUGAACUACUGAGGAAGCACAGUGCUGCACCGCAGCAGAAGUGGCGCCUUGCUCCGUCUGCUCAUGUACCCAUGCCCUCCUUCCAAGAGGAGGUGCAGGUUUUUUGCAAUGACGCAACUCUUCCUUCUGGCCCCAUUUGGUUUUGCUCUCUGCCCUCUUUGACGAUUUGAUCUAUUAAACUCCUUUCAGCCUUCAACUUUGUUCUUGAAAUGAUGCCCUGUGGUCUUGGCGUGUUGGCUGUCAGGGUUGCCUGAUUACCUUUCUUUGCUGCCAUGUAGCAACUUUCCCAAACGGCAUUAUGUCUCAAGCAAGCACGUGCCACACUGGGAGAUCUGUAACCUCAGUGUUUUCACCUUGCCUUCAUGGUCAGUAAGUUUAAAUUGAAAUAGGUUUGUUUAGAGACUGCUAGACUGUCUUCACCUUAUUUGCAUGGCACGGCUUCUCUUUGUAGUCACUGAUACAAACGGAUCUGUACCCUUAUUGUUUAAAAUUAUACUUAACAUGGAAGGAUAUGAUGAAGGAAGGCGUUCUUUUCUGUUGGGACCUUCUUUCAUUUUGUGAUCAUGGAUUGCUGCUUCACCGCCCCAAAACACACCUUGGAGCCGCCUGUGAUAUGUGAUAAUGACCACUAGGGGGAGCUGUGCAAAAUGGAAGUUGCAUUCAUCAAUUCCUGUUUUGUCUUAUUCAAACAGUAUGUAUCCUUAUCACAUCUGGUCAGUUCUUUCAUUGAACCUAAACUCAUGCUGUUCUAAAUGUUGGGAAUGAAGCCAACAUCAGUGCUUUGGACAUUGGAACUUAAAAGGAAGAAGGGAAACUGAAACAAAGUGUGUGUGAGUGUGAGAGAGUGAGUGAGUGAGACGGAGAGAUUGUGAGAUGGAAGGAAAAAAAUCAGGCUUGGAAGCGAGGGAUGGCGUGCAAUGUGUAUUAUCUAGACUGGACAUCAUUUUGGCUGCAAAUUAAUCUUUCAGAUUUUGAGCUGCAUGUGAAAACCAGUGUAAAUAAGUUUAUUGACCUGAUACUCCUUUUGAAAUGCAAGAAAAGUUCAAUUAAAAUCUGUCACACCACUGUUAUGGGUCACUACUAAUGUGUACUUUUUAGAGAGUUGUUCAGAUAGUGCUCAGAUUAUUGUUUUUUUGUUUGUUUUUUUGAGUGAUGAAAGUGCACAUCCAUCAUUUGGAUUAGAUUUGAAAAAAUGUUUUUAUUUGAUUUAAUUUGUCUGGCUGGAUUCAGUGUGUCAAGGGCUUGGAAGAGAAUCUGAAUUCCCGUUCAUGUUUCCUGUUUGAUCUAAAAAUGCAUCCAUUGUAUUUUUGAAAUUGGUUUGUAACCCCGAGGCCUGUCCUGACUCUAAAACCAUACGGUGUCUGAUUUGUUGGGGGAGGCAUGAGGCUCUACUUUUCCGGUCAAGUUUACCAUGUUGAACUGAAUCUCAGCUCCUCGAGGUGAAUGUGAAUGUCAGACUGAAGGGACGAAAUAAUGAUUAAAGAUGAGAAGUUGUAAACUAUUAAAUGGGAUAUUUUCAAUUUA